CCACAUCACUUCUUCACCCCCCAUGUUGGCUCUGCGAAAUUGUUUGAGAGCUCAAAGGCUGCCCCGGCGCCCUAUUCUCUCCGCAUCUCGGGGAGUAGCACAGGCCACAUCAGAAGGAGAGGCCGAGGCGAUAUAUGGCUCCAUGCUAGAAGCAGAAUUUCAAGAUGAUGACACAGUGGCUGCUGGCCAUUUAAUGCUGGAGGAGCAGCGAAAGGUAUUGUAUUAUCUUCGUCUAAUAGAGCACGAGAUGCCCAAACUCGUCGCAUAUCGAAAAACAUUUGCCCCCGCUCCAAACACACCUCUUGUCGUCCGUUCGAUCGACUACGCAGGCGAGGAGCAUCCUAUAACAGCCAAACGCGUUGUUGUGGCGUCUGUCGACUCAUUGCCGCUGAAGGGCGAAGACGCGCUCCAUCGAAUCAAAGUUUUGGCUGGACCUCGGUGGACACCGCAUCCACCGUCAGAUGGCGGUAUCAGUGGUCUCGACGAGUGGGGGAAUGGAUACAUCAAGAUUUCCUGUGAAGAUUUUCCUGAGCCUGCAAUGAACCUGAAGUGGGCAAGUGAUACCAUGGAUAGACUGGUGGCUCAAGCAAAUAACGCCCAACUUGACCUGAGCGACAUUCCUGUCGACCUUCGACACGUGUACUCCAAAGCACGAAAGGCAAAGAAAGGCGAACAUUUGCGAGGCCGUGUCUAUGCUCGACCCUCCAAACUCGACUUUCCCCUUGAAUGGAUUUCUGAACGACGGAGGAAAUACGCUGUACCCUCAUAAUCUAAAUAAUGCCCUGCAAUGCAUGUGUUUUUGCUGCACUGUGCUCUGCAGGGAUCUACACGCAUCAUCGCUAUAAGGAGAGGAAGUACGAUAUUCCGAAGGUCCUCGAUUUAGUCAGCCGACAUUUGCCAAUCCUAUGCACCUUGACCUUCAAUGACCGAGUCUCCCGCUCGAAUCAUACGCGCCUCGGUUGUGCAGACCUGCACUCAGGCAUACUCUCUAGAACACACUCUGGUGAAACUCGAACAACUUACUCGUCUGGCACGGAAUCGGGAUGGAUCACAACUGGCCGUGUUUCCCGAAGCUUUUAUCGGCGGCUACCCCAAGUUCUCCACUUUCGGUGCUGUUGUAGGCACUCGAUCCCCCCAGGGCCGAGAAGAAUAUCUUCGCUACCACAAAGCAGCAAUUGAAGUCCCAUCCGCUACCACUGCUCGCAUCGAAGCACUGGCAAAAGAAACCGGGGUGUUCCUGGUAAUCGGAGUCAUCGAAAAGGAACCGAACGGGGGCACACUUUAUUGCACGGCGAUAUUUGUUUCUCCUUCCCUGGGCUUGGUAGGAAAACACCGCAAGCUUCAACCAACCGCAUCCGAGCGUCUCAUUUGGGGUCAAGGGGAUGGAACUACCUUGCAGGUGCACGAAAGCGACUUCUCACCAUCCUCAUCGCCAGGCGCGCCCCCGAUUCCCGUGAAGAUCUCUGCGGCUAUUUGUUGGGAAAAUUACAUGCCUCUUUUGAGGUAUCACUAUUUCAGCCAUGGGACUCAGAUCUACUGUGCCCCCACAGUCGAUGCACGCGACGAUUGGCAACAUUCCAUGUCCCAUAUCGCUCUCGAGGGCAGAUGUUUUGUCUUGUCCGCAUGUCAAUUUGCUCAAGUGCAGCACUAUCCGGCGGACCACGCCUUGAAUCCUGAUCAGCCUGAUGCGUCGCGAAACGACCCAGAGGAUGUGAUGAUUGCGGGAGGAAGCAUGAUCGUCAGUCCCUUGGGGAAGAUUCUAGCUGGGCCUUUGCGCGGUCAAGAAGGAGUGUUAACGGCCGAGUUGGACAUGGACGAUAUCAUUCGCGGCAAAUUUGAUCUGGAUGUCGUGGGCCAUUACGCCAGACCAGAUAUCUUCAAGUUCCAAGCAAAUGUAGAUUAGGCACUGUGGUCCUUGAUGUAUGAAUUACAACUCGUGGACUCGGCCCGUCUCUUCGUAAUCCCGUCGUUGCCGCAGGCCACAUAUGCCUGUAUACGGAAAUGAAGAGAGUAGCGCGGAGGGGCGUGAGUUUAAAGCUCAAGAGUCAAAGCUGGAUGAGAGGCCAAAGUUGGACCAAAGAAAGCAAGGUCGAAACAACGCCAAACAUCGGACAACGUUCUUCUCAUUCCUCGUCGUUCAGCUACGAGAGUUUGUCUCCCUCAGCCCUUCCGCCU